CCUCCGAGAGUGGUGACCCUCUCAUCUUUACCUGUGGAUGGCCGCGGUGGUCUGGCAACCAUCACAAAGUCAACCCUGCACAUCGAAGACCCGGAUAAUCCGGCCGACGUCCUGGUCAUGGUCCUCGUGCCUCCCCGUCACGGCCGGCUGACCCGUCUCCACGAUGACCAUACGCUGACCAAAUUCAAGCUGGAGGAGCUGUCCCGGGAACAGGUCCAGUACAUUCACGACGGCUCGGAGGGAGCUGAGGAUGUCGUGGUGCUGCAGGUCAACGACGGCUACAGCUACACAAACGUCCUCCUGCAAGUUCGGAUCACUCAGCAGUCUCUUGGCUCUCCUCACAUGCUGUCCCGCCCGGUGACCUGGGUGAAGAUGGGAGGCAUGGUGCAACUGAACAAGAAAUACUUGCAGACGGAUUACAAGGGAGUCAGCACUGAUGACAUCGUCUUCACCAUUCUUGCCUCAGAUGGGGAACCUAAAUAUGGUGAGGUGGUGCUGGUGUCCAUGCCAGCUGACAGCCCACCAGAAGGCUGGAAUCCCUCCCUAAUCAACGACCAAGCCUUCACCCCCACGACUACUUUCACCCAGCAGGAUGUGAAUGAUGGCACAGUCUGGUACCACCACUUUGGCAGGGGUAGCCACAGCGACUCCUUCCAGUUCCAGGUGUCUUCAGAAGUAACCCCACUCAUUCAAAGUGAUACUCAGACUUUCACAAUAGGAGUCUUGCCUCAGAUCCCAGGAUUCCCACAGCUGGCCCCCGACUGCGACUUGCAGAUUACGGCACUGGAAGAUAGAGUGACAGAGAUAACACCUUUAGCUCUGUCUUUUGUCGAUUCUGAAACUCCAAAUGAGAAGCUCAUUUACAACAUCACCAAACCUCUCCUGCCGGGACAAGGGGCCAUAGAGCAUCAGGACAAACCAUACACAGCAGUGAAGCAAUUUACUCAGGCCGACGUGAACAGCGGCAAGAUCCUUUACAGACCACCACCGGCUCCAUCACACCUCCAGGAACUUUACCAGUACUCCUUCACUGGCCUGCCGGAGUCCCUGAGUGUUUAUUUCACAGUAUCUGAUGGGGAACACACCACCCCUGAGAUGGAUUUUGCUGUCUUGUUGCUUUCAAACCAUCAGCAACCGCCAGUGUUUCAGGUUCUAGACCCACUGCUGGAGGUCAAGCGGGGAGGAGAAUCUACCAUAGGUGGAAAGCAGCUCGCAGUGAGUGAUGCCGACACGGCUCCUGAUGAACUGGAGUUUGAGCUGGUAGAAGCUCCCAUCCAUGGACGGUUGAUCAAAACUGAUGGCAGCACAAACAUCCACAUGACUAAUGGUGACAUCUUCAGCUUCAGUGAUGUCACCCGCGGCGUUCUUGUCUACCGCCAUGCUGGCCUCUCCGAUGAAGAUGACACCAUUGCCUUCUCAGUUAGCGAUGGGAUAUCCAUGGCAACCGCGGUUGUUCAGGUAGUGGUGAAGGACGAUGGGGGAGACGGGCCACAGCGGGACCCCGGUGCCACCUUCUCCUUGGAAGUGGGCAAGAAGAGUAGCACCGUCAUCACACGCUCCCAUCUGUCGUACACCGAUAACACAUCACCAGAUGAUAAGAUAAUCAUCCAGUUGGUGUCGCUACCUAUGUACGGCAUCCUGACCAAGAGCCAGUCCCUGGAUGAUCCACAGGAGCUGAAGGAGUACUCAUCGUUCACCAUGGAUGACAUCAAUAUGCACAGGAUCAGGUACAUCACUUCAGUGGACACAGGAAGUCAGUCGGUGACUGACAUCUUCUACUUUGUUGUUUUUGAUGAAGACAACAACCGUCUCGGCAAUGAGAUGUGCACAAUCAUCAUCACGUCUACACCUAAACAGAUGCCUGAGGUCACUGUGCAAAGCAGCGUUGAGGUCCAUGAAGGUGGUCGUGUGCAGCUAUCAACCAAUCACAUCAUACUGUCAGAUGUGGGAACAUCUACAAAAGAUCUGCUGGUCUGGCUUGUCAGCCCUCCUAAGUACGGUUUCAUUGAAAACACCAACAAACGGGGCUCAUUUGGCAGCUCACAAGUUAUCACCUCAGGUGCCCCUUUCUCUGUGGAGGAGCUUAUGUCUGGCCGCAUCUUCUACGUUCAUGACAGCAAGCGUACACCUCAAACUAGUCAGGAUGUCUUCAGCCUGUUCAUCAGUAACGGGAACAGCCAGACAGAAGCUUUCAAUGUGGAAAUACUCAUUAAGAGUAAAGAGGACAGACAACUGACAGUGUCAGUCAGCAGCAUCCAUGUGGAGGAAACGUCUGGUGUUGUCAUCACCAACUCAUCCCUGAGUGUCAAUGACAAGGACACGCCAGACAAUGAAAUCCUCUUCACCAUUAUCAGGAUUCCCACCUAUGGAAAGCUGCGCAGACGGCAAUUCUACUCCCAGCCACUGGAGAAUGGCCGCGUUCUCACACAGGGCUCGACGUUCACCUAUCAGGACGUUCUGGAUCGGCUUCUGGUCUACACGCCUGAAACGGUCAACGGGGGAGUCGACGAAAUGGGCUUCACUCUUACCGAUGGCAUUCACACUCACAGCGGCCGUCUGGAGUUCACCAUGGAUGUCAGGAAGAGUGAAGGACCUCGGAUGACAGUUAACAGAGGCUUGCAGCUGCCUGCAGGUUCGUCAUCAAAGAUCACAGAACAGAAUCUGAAAGGCUCAGACAUUGACUCAGACAACCUGAAGCUGCGGUAUGUCCUCACCAAAGAUCCCCCAGUGGGCAAACUCCAGCUCAGCAGGGAAAGCCGUCUGGAGAAGGUCUCUGUCGAAGGUCCCGUUCACAGCUUCACUCAGGAGGACGUCAACAAAGGUCUGCUGCAGUACAGCCAUGAAAAAGGGGAGAAGGGAGGCAGUCGGUCUUUCAAAUUCAACCUGGUUGAUCCGGAGGGCAACAAACUGAUUGACCAGUCCUUCUUCAUCAGUGUGCUUGAGGACCGUCUCCCUCCUUCGGUGGUGGUAAACAAAGGCCUGGUGCUAGAUGAAAACUCAAUGAAGAAGCUCACCACACUGCACCUGUCAGCCAGUGAUCAGGACAGCGAGCCAGGCGAGCUCAUCUAUCGGAUCACCAAACAGACAAGCCUGGGGCACAUCGAGCAUGCCACCAAUCCAGGUGUCAGAAUCAAUUCAUUCACCCAGGCCGACCUGGCAUCACGCAGCAUUCAGUAUGUCCAUUCCAGCGAAGAAGAGAAGCAUGCUGACCAGUUCUCCUUCACCGUGUCGGAUGGGACAAAUGAGGUUGCUCAGACUUUCUACAUCACCAUCAAGCCGGUGGACGAUUCCCUGCCUCUGCUUCAUGUCCCUGGGAUGAGGGUCCAGGAGGGAGUGAGGAAGACCAUCACUGUAUUUGAGUUGAAAGCCACUGAUGCUGACACUGAGGCAGAAUCCAUCACCUUCACCAUCGUCCAGCCUCCUCGCCACGGCACUAUCGAGCGCACCAACAACGGCCAGUACUACAGGCAGACAAGCAGCUUCACCAUGGACGACAUCUACCAGAACCGCAUCAGCUACAACCACGAUGGGUCCAACUCGCUAAAAGACCGCUUCACCUUCACAGUGGCCGACGGCACCAACCUGCUCUUCAUGGUGGAGGAGGUCGGCAAAGAGGUUGUGACAGCUGCUCCUCAAAAGUUUAAGAUUGAUAUUCUCCCAGUUGAUGAUGGAACGCCACGCAUUGUCACUAACCUGGGACUGCAGUGGCUGGAAUACAUGGACAAUAAGGCCACCAACCUCAUCACCAAAAAGGAGCUGCUGACGGUGGACCCGGACACAGAUGACAGACAACUGGUGUAUGAAAUCACCACCGAACCCAAGCACGGCUUCUUGGAGAGCCAGCUGAAACCAGGAGGCUCCAUCACGGCAUUCACACAAGCUGAUAUCAAUCUGGGCUUUAUCCGCUACGUGCUGCAUCAGGAAAACAUCCAGGAGACAAUGGAUAACUUCAAGUUCCUGGUCAAAGACAGCAAACCAAACGUGGUCAGCGACAACGUCUUCCACAUCCAGUGGUCUCUCAUCAGCUUCGAGCACAAGAGCUACAACGUGAGCGAGAAGGCUGGAACAGUAGCUGUGACAGUGAAACGAACUGGUAACCUUAACCAAUAUGCCAUUGUGCUCUGCCGUACCGAACAUGGCAGCGCCAUGUCCACCAGCAGCACUGGCUCUCGUCCUGGCCAGCAGGACUACGUGGAGUAUGCCGGACAGGUACAGUUUGACGAGCGUGAGGACACCAAGGUCUGCACGAUAGUAAUUAACGACGACAAAGUGUUUGAGGCGAUCGAGAGCUUUCACGUGGAGCUGAGCAUGCCUGUGUAUGCGCUGCUGGGCGGAAUUACACGCACCAUUGUCAACAUCAAUGACACCGAGGAUGAGCCGACUCUGCAGUUUGAUAAAAAGAACUACCACGUCAAUGAAAGCAGCGGCCUCUUCUACGCCCCUGUCGAGAGAAAAGGUGACACCUCCAGUACCGUGUCUGCUCUCUGCUACACUGUGCCCAAAUCUGCCCAGGGCAGUGGCCUUCACACUCUAGAGUCCGGUUCCGACUAUAAGAGCCGGGACAUGACCACCAACAACCGAGUCAUCUUUGGCCCUGGCAUCAGCAUGUCCACCUGCGAUGUUAGACUCAUCGAUGACAGCGAGUACGAACUGUCCGAGGAGUUCGAGCUGGUGCUGUCGGACGCAUCCGAUAAUGCACGCAUAGGGGACGUGUCUGUGGCCAAGGUUGUCAUUGACGGACCCAAUGAUGCUUCAACGGUUUCGCUUGGAAACGCCACCUUUACCUUCAGCGAAGAUGCUGGCACUGUUGAAAUACCGGUCCUGCGUCAUGGCAGCGACUUGUCCUCUUUGACUUCUGUGUGGUGUGCUACCAGACCUUCAGACCCACCGUCAGCCAGCCCAGGAGUUGACUACAUCCCCAGCUCCAAGAAGGUGGAGUUCAAACCUGGAAAAACCGAGGAGACCUGCAGCUUAACCAUCAUGGAUGACAUCCAGAAUCCCUCCAUCGAAGGAUCUGAGUCAUUUGUGGUGUUCCUCAGUUCCCCCCAGGGUGCUGUUUUGCAGGAACCCUACGAAGCCAACGUGGUCAUCGCUGACACCUUCCAGGACAUUCCCAAUAUGCAGUUUGAGAAGGGUACCUACACUGUAAAGGAGAGGGACAGUGUCCUCCACAUCCCAGUCAUCCGGACUGGUGACUUGUCCUUCAAGUCGUCUGUGAGGUGUUUCACCCGGACCAUGUCUGCCAUGGUGAUGGAUGAUUUUGAGGAGCGGAGGAACGCAGAUGAGUCCAGAAUCACUUUCCUCAAAGGAGAGAAGGUGAAGAACUGCACACUUCACAUCAACGAUGACUCUGUUUUUGAACCUGAGGAGGAAUUCCAGGUUCAUCUCGGUACUCCCCUUGGGGACCACUGGAGCGGUGCAAUGGUGGGCGUUCGUGACAUUGUCACCAUCACUAUAACCAAUGAUGAAGAUGCUCCCACCAUUGAGUUUGAGCAGGCGUCUUAUCAGGUCAGAGAGCCUCCUGGUCCAGAUGGAAUAGAAGUGCUAAACAUCAAGGUUAUCCGCCGGGGAGAUCUAGAUCGAACAUCAAAGAUACGCUGCAGCACCCGGGACGGGUCAGCCCAGUCUGGAAUCGACUACAAUCCUAAGAGCAGAGUGCUCAAGUUCACACCAGGGAUGGAUCACGUCCUGUUCAAAGUGGAAAUUUUGUCCAAUGAGGACAGAGAGUGGCAUGAAUCCCUCUCCUUGGUUCUUGGUCCAGACGACCCUGUGGAGGCGUUGCUUGGGGAGAUCACCAUGGCAACUGUUACCAUUCUGGACCAAGAGGCUGCAGGCAGCCUCAUCCUUCCUGCUCCACCUAUUGUGGUCUCUCUGGCCGAUUACGAUCAUGUCCAGGAGGUGACCAAAGAGGGCAGUAAGAAGCAUCCCUCUCCAGGUUAUCCUCUGGUUUGCGUCACUCCCUGUGACCCUCACUACCCCAAGUACUCUGUGAUGAAGGAGCGCUGCGAGGAGGCAGGAAUAAACCAGACCCAAGUUCAUUUCUCAUGGGAGGUGGCGUCACCCACCGAUGCCAGCGGAGCCCGGACCCCGUUCGAGACCGUGACGGACACCACCCCGUACACCAGCGUCAACCAUAUGGUGCUGGACAGUAUUUAUUUCAGCCGUCGUUUCCAUGUUCGCUGUGUGGCUCAGGCUCGUGAUAAAUCUGGUCACCUUGGAACACCACUGAGGAGCAAUAUUGUCACUAUUGGCACAGAGGGCUCCAUUUGCCACACGCCUGUUACCACAGGAACCGCCAGAGGUUUCCAGGCUCAGUCUUUCAUUGCUACUCUAAAAUACUUGGAUGUCAAACACAAAGAACACCCCAACUGUAUCCAUAUCUCAGUACAGAUCCCUCAUCAGGAUGGCAUGCUCCCACUGGUGUCCACCAUGCCGCUGCACAACCUACACUUCUUGCUCUCAGAGUCCAUCUACAGACAACAGCACAUCUGCUCCAACCUGGUCACCCUUAAAGAGUUGCAAGGGGUCUCCGAAACUGGCUUCCUGGAUGAUGUAUCCUAUGACAGCAUCUCUCUCGGACCUGGCUAUGACCACCCAUACCAGUUUAACCCCGGCGUCCGUGAGGCCAAAAGCAUCCUGCUCUACAAGCACCUGAACCUCAAAAGCUGCAUUUGGACAUUUGACGCCUACUAUGACAUGACUGAGCUUAUCGACAUCUGCGGUGGUUCCGUCACCGCCGAUUUCCAGGUUCGGGACUCGGCUCAGUCCUUUCUGACGGUUCAAGUCCCCCUGUACGUAUCCUACAUCUACGUGACGGCUCCCAGAGGCUGGGCCUCCCUAGAACACCACACUGAGAUGGAGUUCUCAUUCUUAUACGACACAGUGCUUUGGAGAACAGGUAUCCAGACGGACAGUGUCCUCUCGGCUCGGCUGCAGAUCAUCAGGAUCUUUAUCAGAGAGGACGGUCGGCUAGUGAUUGAGUUUAAAACUCAUGCCAAAUUCAGAGGUCAGUUUGUCCCUGAACAUCACACCCUGCCAGGCCACAAGUCCAACCUCAUGGCCCCUGACCACCUGGGGGGCAUCGAAUUCGACAUUCAACUGCUGUGGAGUGCUCAGACCUUCGACUCCCCGUACCAGCUGUGGAGAGCCACCAGCUCCUACAGCAGAAAAGACUAUUCUGGAGAGUACACUGUGUUCUUGAUACCCUGCACUGUGCAGCCCACUCAACCCUGGAUCGACCCUGGGGAUAAACCUCUCUCCUGCACAGCUCACGCUCCAGAAAAAUUUCUGGUGCCGAUCGCCUUCCAGCAGACCAAUCGGCCCGUUCCAGUGGUUUACUCGCUCAAUACGGAGUUCCAGCUCUGCAAUAAUGAAAAGGUGUUCCUAAUGGACCCGGGCACCAAUGAAGUUUCUAUGGCUGAGUUGGACUACAAAGGAGCAUUCUCAAUGGGCCAGACUCUGUAUGGCAGGGUGCUGUGGAACCCCGAGCAGAACCUGAACGCAGCCUACAAGCUGCAGCUGGAGAAAGUUUACCUCUGCACCGGCAGAGAUGGCUAUGUUCCCUUCUUUGAUCCCACUGGAACUCUUUACAACGAGGGAGCACAGUAUGGCUGCAUUCAACCCAACAAACACCUCAAGCAUCGCUUCCUGCUGCUGGAUCGUAAACAGCCGGAUGUAUGUGACAGGUUUUUUCAUGACGUGCCCUUUGAGGCCUAUUUCGCCUCAGAGAUCCCAGAGCUGCAGUCCAUGUCAGCCAUGCCUGGUGUCGAUGGCUUCACGAUGAAGGUUGAUGCUCUCUACAAGGUGGAGGCAGGACACCAAUGGUAUCUACAAGUGAUCUACGUUAUCAGUCCAGAGCCACGCUCCGGCUCCAGAUUCCAGCGCUCUGUAACCUAUCAGCUGAGCCGCCCCAAGCGCGACCUAGUGGACCACAGCGGGCGGCUGACCCUCGAUGAGUCCCUCAUCUACGACAACGAAGGCGAUCAGGUGAAGAACGGAACCAACAUGAAGACGCUCCACCUGGAGGUCAGCCCCUCCCCCACCUUCAACGCCCACAUGGGCAGCUCGGUGGGUGGAGGAGUGGCUGCCGUCACCUUAUUGGUCCUGGUUCUGCUGGCCGCCUGGUUCCUGUUCUGCCGCUGCAGACAGUCGGUCAAGAAGAACAACGGGAAGCCCCCCAAGACGUACGAAGAGUAUCCGCUCAAUACCAAGGUGGAGGUGUGCAUGGACAAGUGUGUGGAGAAGAACUUCGGCACCAAGCACUGCACGGUGAGAAACGUCAACAUCAACCGCAACCAGAAGGACAACCAGAAGACCAAAGUUAAGCAGGUCAACCUGGAGGUGAAACUUCAUAACAACCUGAACGACGGCACCGAGGUCUGA